CAAUCGCAAUUAUAACUUAAUUUACUUCAUUAGGAACAUGAAAAUAUAAAAUUGUUAUGAGAUUAUACAAUCGAUGGCGUUACGAAAACUUCGAACCGGAUCUGAUUAAAAACCUGUUAAAAUCAAUGUCGAAUAUCAACUUUUAAAAUGAGUUAAUUUUUGUACAUUACAGUGCGCAUAAAUUAUGAUAAUUGAAAUGUAAUUUCAUCAUCCAUGUGGGGAAAACCUUCAAAGAAUUAAUUUCAUGUUAAGAGCAAUAAGGUUGUCUAUCAAACAGGUUUGCGUUGUCAUAAAGAUGCAUCACUGAACAAUUGAAUUUUUCAUUUUUGUCCUUUUGCUUAUCCAAAGUAGACACUUUACUCUCUCUCCAUAAAUAUUGGACAGAAUUUUGCCUUAUUUAUUGGUCAUGCUUCGAGAUCCCGUUUCAAGGGUUCGAGUUGAAGCAAUCGAUGCGUUGGCCUUUUGCUUAUCGAAAGUAGUUGUGCCAAUUGCUGAGUACCUUGGAUCCCCAUGUAUAGAACUUCUUAAACCAUUUCUUCAAUAAAGACUAUCGGAUACGAAUCUUUUUCUUUUCAAUAUUAUACAGCCAAAGACUUUGAGUUUGCAAACACUUUCUAAAUCAUUCACGUAGUUGAAAAUAAUCAAUGAGAGAUAAAGUUAACCCAAAGAUAUGAUGAUAAGUCUGUCCACUAAUUCAAGUGGUGUAGUCUUAAAAUGGUCAACUGAUUAGAUAUCAAAAGUUAUCUUUAUUUGCUUAUCAUUAACUUCGUGAAUGAUUUAAAAAGUGGUUGCAAACUCAAAGUCUUUGGCUGUAUGUUAUAUGAAAACCGAAACAAACUCAAUGUACAAACCGUUACUUGUGAUUAAAUAUCAAUUUGCAACAAAAAUGUUGUCACUUUCACUUAUACGUAGCAAAAUACUUGCAAUUGUAACAAUGAAAAGAAAAUUUUCCGUUUUGAUUUAAUAAGAAGCUAAAAUGAUUUAAUCGCAAUUAUAACUUAAUUUACUUCAUUAGGAACGUGAAAAUAUAAAAUUGUUAAUAAUUGUUCCUUAUUGUUAAUAUUUAUACAACAACAUGUAAUCAAGUCUUGUUAACAUUAACAUUAACCUGUCAUAUUAAUUGUUGCAUAAAUUGCUCCCAUAAUGAGGUUACAUUGGGAAAAUGUCAUGAUUAUAAUUAGUAGAUUAGAGUAACAAUUGUAUUGGGUUGAACUGAAUUAAUUUCCAUGAAUAGUUUGAUCAACCUUGAAAAAACUUACACAAAAUCUAAUGUCAACAGUAAUGUAUUUAAAUCACUUUUAAUCAUAUUAAUCAUUUAAUGAGGCUUAAAGUGAUGAUCUAAAUACGGAAGAGGAAACGAUCAACUAUUAAUUGUAUGCAAAUUGUAAAGUUAAUUUUUUCACAAUCAAGUUCAAUCAAUGUCAAUUUGUGUUCAUUAUCAAGGCUUAUUCAAAAUUCUCACUGUUUUUAAAUUUGCAUAAUUUGAUUUAUUUAUGAUAAUGAUAAUUAAGAUGAUGGUGUUUACAAUCAGUUAACGGUUACAUGUUAUAUUAUCUGUUUAAGUGUUGAGGACAAUUAAUAGUUGACAACAUGAGGAGACAACUUAAUUCAUUAGGAUUAUUUAUAUUAAUUGUUUCAAUAGAGUCAAUAUUUACAGUGCUUCAAUUUAACAGCAAUUUCAGUGAAAAUGAUCAAUUGAGAUUAUCGACUAUUGUGAAGCCACAAUUCAUUGGAUUAAAUAAUAAUCGACAAUAUAAAGUGAUCUGUUACUAUUAUGCUGUCGAGGCUUGGUACAGGACAAGUCGAGGAAUGUUCUUGCCUGAGGAUAUCGACGCGUCCAAAUGUACUCAUCUUCAUUAUGCUUAUACGGUUUUGAAUAGUGAAACCUUGUUGAUGGAGCCAAGCGACAAAUGGGCUGAAAUCGAUAAUCGGUUUUAUGAGCGAGUUAUUUCAUUGAAAGAAACGAAUCGAGGCUUGAAGAUACUUUUAUCGAUUGGUGGUUGGUCUGAACAAUCGGACAAAUUUUCAACCUUGGUCUCUGAGCGUCUCAAUCGAAAGGCUUUCAUAGAUCAUGCAAUCACUUUUCUACUUUUACAUGGAUUCGACGGACUCGAUUUGGCCUGGUUUUAUCCAGUCUGUUGGAAUGGAGAUUGUCGACAACAAAAUUCUCAUUCAGAUGAUAGGGAGAACUUUGGACUUUUUGUCCGCGAGCUAAAAGAUGCUUUUGAUCAGUCAGAAUCUCGAUUACUUGUUACAGCAACAGUUUCCGGUGAUCCAAUGAUUGCUAAACGAAGCUAUGAUUUUGUUUCUCUAUCUCGACUUGAUUAUAUUAAUGUGAUGACUUUUGAUUAUGUUGCUCAUUGGAAUCAAUUAACUGGACAUCAAUCACCUUUAUUUAGCCAACCAGGUUUUGCGGUUGAUCUAAAUGCUAAUUCAAGUCUACAUCUUUACAUUUCGAAGGGUAUUCCAAGUCGCAAGUUAAUUCUUGGUUUACCAAGUUUCGCACGUAGUUUCACUUUAGUUGACCCUAAUGACCAUGGGAUUGGUGCUGCUGUUAAGGGUCCAGGAGACAAGGGGGAGUUUACAUUAGCUGAUGGACUAUUAGCUUUCUAUGAGAUUUGUGAUCGAAUUCAGAAAAAAGGUUGGAAACUCGUACGUGAUUCAGAAUCUGAACUUUUUUAUACUUAUUACAACAAUCAAUGGGCCUCAUUUGAUCAUCCGUUAACUGUGGCAAGGAAAUCACAGUAUGUUAAAACCCAUGAUCUCGGUGGGAUUAUGAUUUGGGAUAUUGACAGAGAUGAUUUUCAUGGUAAUUGUUUUGGUCGCAAGUUCCCAUUGUUAACAGCAAUUAACUCAAUCUUAAUUCAUGGUAAAUCAAUAAAAAUGAUUCCAGGAAACAAUCUUUGAGAAAAGUUAGCUCAGAGAAAUACUUUCAUCUUCAGGCAAUCUGAUCUUAAUCAAACUAUCAAUUUUGUCUCAAAUUGUUAUAAAUCAUCACAAUUAUUAAAUUAUUGAAAAUAAAGAUAAAGUAACAAUAA